GCUCUUCGUAAAAUUUUAAAGUGGCCAGAUUAAAGAAAUUGAAUAUUUGGAAUAAUCUGAAGCUACAGGCCCGAACUGACAUUGCGCGUAAAUACGGUGUGUUGAUUGUCAACAACGUCCUCCCACGUCUGUUUUACAUAAUGGGUGAUCACGCACAGAUGUGCUCUGCUAUGUUGCUAAGCUCGCUGCUAUGAGUGUACUGUAGUUGGAGAGUUAACCCGUUUUUUCCGUAAUUAUCUUAGCAUGCAAGCAACAGCGCUAAAAAUUUAAACGGGUUGGCAUUAUUCGUAGACCGAUUUGCCAUUUUACGCAGUUGCUUGAGAAGAUCUCAUCGCUUUCUGUUUUGAAUAGCUAACGUACAGUAACUUAAUGGCGAAGCGCAGAGCUAACACAAGAGCGCUGUUCAUUUUCCUCAUCAUCUUCAGCAGCUAGCCUCCUGCCGGGUAGCCAGCUAACUAACCUAGCUAGCUGACUCUUUUGUGGUCUGUGUUACGGUAAGCGAGCAAAGCUGGCGGCCCUCCGUUUGGAACCAGAGGAUAAGGAUCUCGGCGCCAUGGCGUGGGUGCUGAAGAUGGACGAUGCCACCAUCGAGUCCGGUCUCGUACAUGACUUCGAUGCCAGUCUGUCCGGUAUCGGGCAGGAACUCGGGGCUGGCGCCUAUAGCAUGAGUGAUGUCCUGGCCCUACCCAUCUUUAAGCAGGAGGAUGUGAGUGUGCCCGUGGAGUCUGACAGUAAAAACCCUCCCUUUCAGUACGUCCUGUGUGCGGCCACAUCACCCGCAGUCAAACUGCAUGAGGAGACGCUCACCUAUCUAAACCAAGGUCAGUCGUAUGAAAUUCGGUUGCUGGACAACAGGAAGAUGGGCGAGCUCCCAGAACUCAACAAUAAGACUGUAAAAAGCAUAGUUCGAGUUGUGUUUCACGAUCGUCGCCUCCAGUAUAUGGAGCAUCAACAGCUCGAGGGCUGGAGGUGGAAUCGUCCCGGCGACCGUCUCCUUGACAUCGAUAUCCCUAUGUCGGUGGGCAUUUCUGAGCCUAAAGCACAUCCCUGUCAGUUAAACGCCGCAGAAUUCCUCUGGGAGGUCUCCAAACGCGCCUCUGUCUUCGUACAGGUGCACUGCAUCAGCACUGAGUUUACACCGCGUAAACACGGCGGAGAGAAAGGUGUUCCAUUCCGCAUCCAGAUCGACACCUUCAAAGCCAACGAACAGGGAGAGCACAUACAUCACCUGCACUCCGCCAGCUGCCAGAUCAAAGUCUUCAAGCCUAAAGGCGCUGACCGUAAACAGAAGACAGACAGGGAGAAAAUGGAGAAGAGGAGUGCACAGGAGAAAGAGAAAUACCAGCCAUCUUAUGACACCACCAUCCUGUCAGAGACUCGACUGGAGCCAGUGAUAGAGGAGGCGGUGGAGCACGAGCUGAAGAAGUCCAGUAAACGUACUCUGCCUGCUGACUGUGGAGACUCCAUCGCCAAGAGUAAACGUGGCAGCUGCUCUCCGUGGCCUGAUAACACGUAUGUGAACACAAACCAGGCAGCUACCCCCACAUUCACCUCCAGCACGCACUCCUACAGCAGCAGCAGCAGCACUGCAGUCCCCGACAGUGAGUCCUCCUCGCCUAAUCACCAGGGGGAUCCUGGAGGCCUUGUAGCCACAGAGUCUCUGAGCCCUGCAGCCUCCACACAGGAGGCCCAGCAGUGGCUUCUCAAGAACAGAUUCAACUCCUACAGCCGUCUCUUCACACAUUUCUCAGGUUCUGAUCUACUAAAGCUGACUCGUGAAGACUUGGUCCAGAUUUGUGGGGCAGCUGACGGGAUCCGACUGUAUAAUGCACUUAAAUCCAGGGCAGUGCGUCCCCGGCUCACUGUGUAUGUGUGUCAGGAGCCGCCUCAUAGCGAGAGCCCUCUGCUGGAGAGACGCUGUCAGAGCAAGAAUGGAGAACACAGCACCUCACCUGCCAUACAUGUUUACCAUGCGCUGUACCUGGAGGAGAUGACAGCAUGUGAACUGACCAGGAAGAUCUCCAGCGUGUUGAGCCUCCCGUUGUCUCACAUCAAUCAGGUUUAUAGACAGGGGCCCACCGGCAUACACAUACUACUCAGUGAUCAGAUGGUGUAUAACUUUCCAGAUGAGAGCUGCUUCAUAGUCAGCACAUUAAAAGAUGAAACAAGCGAUGGAUUCCACCUGGUGCUGAAGUAGAGGGAGAGAGAGAGAGAGAGGUCUGGACAAAACGGGGUGUAGACAGAGAAGUGAUAUCUGAGGCUCCUCACUGCCAUGCUCAGACACUGAACAUGCCCCUCCUUUCCCGCCGUUCCCACCCCUCCCUCUCUCUCUCUCUCUCUCUCUGUCUCUCUGCCUCUCUCUCUCUUUCUCUCUCUCCGUGUGUGAUGUCAGAGAGAGACGAAUUUCAGGCAGGGCCUCCUAUCUGUUAGAAUCUGACUUCAGUGUGUGUGCAUUGUUUCAUAUUGAAAACACUUAAAAAACUGAUGAAUG